CAUUUUAGGCAGUCAGCACCAUACACCUCUUUUUAUCACCCUCAUCACCCAGAUGAGGACUGUUUUCUUGUCAUGUUUUAAUAAUUCCCCUCUACGACGACUGAUAUCUUCAACUAAACAAAUGCCUAUCGAGCUACCAGUCCUCACUGUUAUUGACGCAACCGCCUGGUCGAGCUGGCUCGCUCGCAGCGCCACUACUUCCAAAGGCGUGUGGUUGACACUAGCAAAAAAGGGGAAUACGACCCCUACGUCGCUCACCUACGCGCAAGCUCUAGACGAGGCGUUAUGUCAGGGUUGGAUUGAUGGCCAGGCCCGAGGCGGGGAUGAGCGCACCUACUCACAGCGCUUCACCCCACGAACAGCCAAGAGCUUGUGGUCCCGCCGUAACGUCGACAAUGUCGCGCGUCUCAAGAAAGAAGGCAGGAUAACAGCCGUCGGGUACGCCGCCAUCAACGCCGCAAAGGCAGAUGGGCGCUGGGAAGCCGCGUACGCCGGACAAUCGACGGCCGAACCCCCGCCCGAGUUCCUCGCCGCCGUCGCCGCCGUGCCCGCGGCCCAGGCCACAUGGGAUGCGCUGAGUCGGUCCAACCGCUUCGCUAUCUACUUCCGGCUCAACGCGCUGAAGACCCAGGCUGGCAAGGAGAAGCGCAUGGCGGCGUUUGUCGAGAUGCUUGCGCGUGGCGAGACGUUAUUACCUCAGAAACAGAAGCCUCCUGUAUCGAAACAAGCGAGCAGGGCGCCGUCGAGAAAGAAAGCGGGUUCUAAAGAAGUUGGGGAGAAGCCGAUGGUUGCGACUCGGACACGAACAUCACCUGGUGAUAGUGGCAUAGUGCGGAGAUCAGCGCGUCUUCAAGGGAAUGCGGCACCGUCUUCAUGACGGUCAUUUCUAAUCUUGAGCGAUCUUGAUUAGGUAUGUGAGCUUUAACUGGUUUCAAGAUUUGGUUUUGUAUCCGUUGGGUGCUUCAAAAGAUGCCCAACAAAACAUGUAUUAAAAGGCAUCAAAAAGACAGGCGAGAUACCCUUCCAUGAUUUCUCCAUGUCAUUUACAGGAAGCGAUGUAUUUUGAUUGAUAUAGCACGUCGAUGUACAUAACACAAUGAUAUAUGAUAUAUAUCGAGAAGCAUUAGGUAAUCAAGUAAUCUAUAUACAUACAUCCCUUACGAAGUACUUACAUA